GUCCUUUGGGAUUUCAGAAAAUGGAGAAGCCAACGGAAUCUGGUUAUGAAGUAUUCUUGAGUUUCGGAGGACCGGACACUCGCUGUGACAUUGCCGAUUACCUUUACAACAGCCUCAUUCGUGCUGGAAUACGGGCAUAUAGAGAUAAUGAAGAGCUUCCCAUUGGGAAAGAGAUUGGCCCAGAGCUUGUCCAAGCGAUUAAGCAGUCAGAAAUCUUGAUUCCUAUCUUAUCCAAACAGUAUGCUACCAGUGUAUGGUGCCUCAUGGAGUUGGUCCAGAUGGUGGAGUGCAAGGAAAAGUGGGGACGAAAGAUCAUGCCAAUUUUCUAUAAUGUUGCACCAUCUGAGGUUCGUCACCAAAUUGGAAAUUACCAUGAGGCCAUUAAUUCACACAUAAAUAAGCGGCAGCGGUACACUGAUGAGACUAUUCAAAACUGGAAGGCAGCUCUCAGCAAGGUUGGAGCGUUAAGAGGGUGGGAACUCAAUGAAAGAGGCAAAGGUGAGUUCACAGAAGAAGUUGUUCGGACACUAUUGAUCGAGUUAAAAAGGACAACUUGGCAGAACCUGAUAACUUGGUUGAAAUGGAUGAUCAAGUGGACCAAAUCAUGGAAAAGAUAGGGGAACAGACCACUGGAACAAAGAUUGUUGGCAUCCACGGUAUGGGUGGUGUCGGAAAGACAACUCUUGCCACAAUCGUCUAUAAUAAACUGUCGGCUGAUUUUGAUAA